AUGGACAUCGUGCUCGACUUUGACGGCACCAUCACGGCCAAGGACACCAUCGCCUGCCUGGGCGCCUUUGCCGUCUCCCGCCAGCAACAGAGCCAACAGAGCCAACAACAACAGCACCACUACGACGACCAUGGCGGGCAUCCCACCACCACCACCACCACGGAGCACCACCAAGACAGCACCAGCACCAGCACCAGCACCAGCCGCCAGGCCACCUGGGACUGGAUCGUGUCGUCGGACGCCGCCGGCAAUGGCGGCGGCGGCGCGACCGUGGCGGUGCUGUCGGUUAACUGGUCCGCGGCCUUCAUCCGCGGCGUGGUGUCCAUGUGCGACGGGCCGGGCGGGGGCAGGGACGGGGCCGCCGCCGUCGUCUCCGAGGUCAUCAGCAACGACAUCAUGGCGGACGGUUCCAUCGGCGGGCCGCUGGUGAGGGGUCCGGAGGGGGAGGGAGGCGGUGGCGACAGGCACGCGGCCCUGACGACGUCGGCGGACAAGCUUAGGGCGUUCCUGGACAGACGUGACAGCAGAGGCGGCAGCGGGGCGAGGACGACCGUCUACUUUGGGGACUCCACCACGGACCUGGAGUGCCUCCUGGAGGCGUCGGCCGGCGUCGUCAUGGCGGACGAAGGCGGGGCCGAGGGCAGCAGUGCCUUGCUCAGGUGCCUGUCCAGGCUCGGGUUCCACGUGCCCCACGUCUCCGAGGCGGCGGCGGCGGCGGCGGCGGCCGGACUACCGCCGCCGCGGCUGGCGUGGGCCAGGGACUUUUGCGAGGUCAUGGACAGCGGCCACCUGGCCAAGCUCGCCGCCGCGGGGACGGCAUCCCCCGCCCCUAGAGAGGAGGAGGAGGGGUCGGUUGCGGAAGCGAACGCGAGGGCUGCGUCUCUAGAAAGGUAGCGGGCGUCCUCCGGGGUCGGACGGCUUUGUUGUUUAACUGUCCUUUUUGGGCCCGAGUCGCGAGGAGGGGGAGGGAUGAAAAGAGAGCAAACGCAAACUAACCUGGACGACAAGGUCUGAAGCAGUCCGGCUGAUGCUUGCCAGCUUAUCCCCCCUGCGUCGCGGCCAUAUCCGAACGCGGCCAUGCUUUCUUUCACAAUAUGUUCCCGAUGUCUGGCGCGCCUCGUAUCCCAAACGCAUUGCUUGAAAAAAAAGGAAUGGUUGCACGAGGGGGAUGCGCAAAGUCUUUCGGGAGAAAUCAGGUGCCCCCAACUUGGCGCCAGUAAAAAUGGUUUGGUGAGGAAAACAUCCACUCCAUGGCUGGCGCUCCUUUCUUUUUGCCCCCAUUCUUGUUGAUAGCCGGUGUUAUCCGACCUUCUCAACUGGAAGACUACUCAGCUCGACGCUUGGAGGAAUGUUACCAUUCCUUGGGCAUGCCCUGGGGCUUCACAUUCACACCUACGAGUUGAACUUUGUCAACGCCGUCCCGUCCUCAACUCCAUCCACUAUAAUAGUGGCAGCGUUUGGCUUCGCCGUCAUUUGCCUCUGUUUAAUGGGCCAUAAGCAGCCGCAUUCCUCUCCAAAGUCAACUAGCAAUUUUCCGCCCGUUAAUUUCCUUCCCAUGCAGGCAGCCUUGUUGUGCCAAACCACUUCCAUUUUUCUUCUUUUCUUUUUGUUUUUUAUCCCCCACCCCCUUUGUGUGUCACACAUCCCCCAUCUGCGGCUUCAUCAUCCCAUCUCGAUUCUUCUUCUUCUUGCCUGUGACAGCACCAGCCCACCCGGCGCAGGCCCGAACGCGCCUCGAGAUGACGGGAAACUCUACCCAGCCCUCCCCUGAAGCUUCUGGGCCGCUCCCGCCCCCUUGUCGACGCAGACGCGGCGCAGGAUUCCGCCCCC